AAAAAUUUGAGUAACAGUUCCCGGUAUUGCACAGUGCUAUGCUGUAGACUAGUGAAAAAAUCGUUUGUUCUUGUAUCGAACGUAAAUGUAUGACAUCCACAUGACAUAAUUGUCAUGCGGUUGCAGUGACAUCAUCUGACAAUAAACCUCGUUGGUUAUUAAAAAUAUAAUAUUGAGUACCACAUGAUAACACUUACAAGGGUUUGCCUUGGAGUUCUAAUAAUACAUUACGUUCACUGCAAAGUAGCCAAAUCAGUGGACAACAGCUCAAAGGGGCCUAUAUCUUUGAAGAACCCCAAUAAAAUAGAUAUUGUAGUCACUGUCAGAAGCGGAGCAGAUAAAGCAGAAAGUUGUCAGGCUCCUGGAUCUGAUGAAAUUGAUGUAAAGCCUCUUGGUGAAUCCAAGCCUAUCGACGAUAUGAAACUUGCUGAUGAUGUUAAUCCUGCAAGUGACGUGAAGCCUGUUGAUUCAUCGGUGGAAUCGCUCUCGUUAGAGAGUAAUGAGGCUCGUGAAGAGACAGAAACUUGUACUGAGACUUUCAUAUGCGCCAAGCCGGGUACAUUUCCAAGUCCCAACAAGUGCAGCGACUUUUACAUAUGCCACAAGAAAGACGAAGAAUCCAAUGCGAUGGAAAGGAUCAAAUUGAGUUGUCCCAAAGGCAUGACUUUCGACAAAAACAUCAAGAAAUGUACGUCUAGAACUGAUGCUGCAUGCCUUACAGGAAGAAAGCAAAAUAAUCAUUGAUACUGAAUAAAUUGUAAGAUAAAAACAAUCCAGUUAUACUCGUAUGUAAGGAAACUAUGAUUGUAUGCUCAGAAUUAGCCGGGGGUAAACCGCAG